AAUGAGUGAAUGCUUGUGCCGCCCGCCGCUCAGUGGACAAGUCCGCCUGCAGGAAGCAACAACAACCUGCCCGAUUGUACAGAGAAUGGGCAGGUUUGAUGCUCAAGCGCCGCCUACCAAAACCUGCCCCGCUUCUCUUUCACUUUUCAUUUCGUUUAGCCAGUGUUGAAACAUAUCUGGUCAGGCGCCGAGACGUCAGUCACCAUAUCCAGCAAAGAAGCCGACUCUGUAUCGAGGCCUAGAGUCUAAGCCUGUUAAACGCUAAGGCUCCUUUCACAAACCAGGGAUGCAGAGCACUGCCAAUUACCUCUGGUUACUCAAUGAUAUCCUCGGACAGGGAGCAACUGCAAGUGUAUAUAAAGCACGUCGCAAGCAAACUGGCGAUCAUUAUGCUGUCAAAGUGUUCAAUCAUGUCAGUUAUCUGCGUCCGUAUGAAGUGCAGAUGAGAGAGUUUGACAUGUUGCGCAAAUUAAACCACAAGAACAUUGUGAAGCUCUUGGCAGUGGAGGAAGUGGGAAGCACCAAGCAGAAGGUCCUUGUGAUGGAAUACUGCGCCGGCGCAAGUCUGCAUAAUGUUUUGGAGGAAUCGGAAAACGCAUUUGGUCUGUCGGAAUCGGAGUUCCUGAUUGUCCUGCAGAGUGUUGUUGCUGGCAUGAACCAGUUGAGGGAGAAUGGUGUAGUGCAUCGGGACAUUAAGCCAGGGAACAUCAUGCGAGUGGUUGGAGAGGAUGGUCAAUCAGUCUAUAAACUGACCGACUUUGGAGCAGCCCGAGAACUGGAGGAUGAUGAACAGUUCAUGUCACUUUAUGGCACCGAGGAGUAUUUGCAUCCGGAUAUGUAUGAGCGCGCUGUCCUUCGUAAGCCACAGAACAAGAAGUAUGGGGUCACGGUGGAUCUGUGGAGUAUCGGUGUGACAUUUUACCAAACAGCUACUGGCAGUCUACCUUUCAUUCCAUAUGGAGGGCCCCGCAAGAACAAGGAGAUGAUGCAUAAAAUCACAACAGAGAAGCCGGAGGGAAUGAUAGCAGGAGUGCAGCACAGAGAUUGUGGCCCAGUGGAGUGGAGCAAGGAGCUGCCCAUCACCUGCAGGCUCUCAGAAGGCUUAAAGUUCCUGUUGGUUCCCAUCCUCGCAAAUAUCUUGGAGGCCGAUCAAGCUAAAUGUUGGGGAUUUGAUCAGUUCUUUGCAGAAACCAAUGACAUCCUUCAUAGAAGUGUGAUCCACAUCUUCUCACUGCAGCAAGCUACAGUACAUAAAGUCUACGUCCAUUCCUACAAUACAAUCAAUGUCUUGAUGGAUGCCAUUUUCCGACAGACUGACGUACCUGCUGUGGAGCAGGAGUUCAUGUAUGAAGGGUAUUGCUUGGAGCUGGACUUGGUCCAACAGGUACAUUUGGUACCAAAAACAACGGAGGAGAGACCAAUCAUCUUAGUGAGCAAGGAGCAGAAGGCACCCAUUGGAAUCACAUAUAAAGAACCUGAUGUACCGACCUUUCCACCCAAGUUUGACUUAAUCAGUGAUGCGAAUCUUGCAAAGAUUGUGACAUGUGCAGUUCACCAGCUGCUAAGGAUCACAAAAUCCCUCAUGAAAUGUCAGGACUUCAUACUCCGGGGCGUAUAUUGGAUGCUUGCCAUUUUGAAAGAGGAAUGCAGAAAAACGGUUCAGCGGGUUGCAACUUUGAGUCUGAAGCUGGAUUUCUGCAAGAGCACCAUGAUGAGAAUUCAGAAAAUAUAUGGCCAACAGUCUCGAAUGAAUCCAUCCGAGGGAGGUGAUGUACACAUGAAGUUACAGUUGACAGUGCAUUUCCUGGCAACCAUCUCCCAGAAUGUUCAAAACAGUCAGAAGCAACUGGAUCAGAUCGCAGUUCAAUGGUCCAAUACCAAUGACAUCCAUCAUAAAGACAACACAAUUGGCAAAGUGGAAGUCCUGCUUGAAAAAGUGUCUGCUAUUCACCGGCAGCUCAAAAAAGAUCGAAUGAGAAUGAAGCUUCAGUACAAUGAUGAGCAGAUCCAUAAAUUUGAGAAACUCAACAUGGGGAUUCAUGCCAAGAAAGUGCUGGCGUUAGUUCGAGAGGAUUGUGAACAGAAAUAUAAGAAGCUGCUGACGUGUGUAAAAGAUUGGAUGAGGACUGCCUGUGACAUCAGGAAACAACUGAGAUCCUUUGGUGAACAGUGUGAGAGCCUCCAUUGUGAUCUGGAGAACUGUGGAACUUAUCUGAACAAUAUGUACGAUCAGAUUCCCUUGAAGGUCGAAGGAGACCAAUCUACGACCAAAUCAGCAGCUUCAACUGUCUACCCUGACCAGAAAUGCAUGGAAAUGGCCAUCAGGAUGAAGCAGCUGAAGCAGGAGAUAGAACAUGUAACGAAGGAACUCCAGCAGAAUAACAUGACCAUCCAAAGCCUGAGUGAUGGUCAGAAACCUCAAGAUAUCUAAGGUUUGGGCGUUGAAGAUGAGAUACAGGAGAGAAGGACGAGUUGUACUGUGACUUUAUAAAACAUCACCAUGGGAAGGACUGGAGUCCCACUAAAAACUGGACAUGUAUUUGCGUUACUGAAGAAUGCCGAGACAAAAGAUUCACACUUCCUGUUUGAGUCGUCGUGAUAUAAACUGAGCAAAAAUGUUAGGAACCCAUUUUACCUUUCCCCCAGUUUAAGGAUAUGUUAAAAAAAUUGGGAAUAAUGGGAAAUGCAUUGGAUAUAUAAACAAUUCUAGAAAGUGUGUGUGUGAACGAGAGAAAGAUCGGAACUUAUGUCUAAUUUAAAUUUGUGUGUAUAUUUGUCAUCAUUCCAAAUUUUUUGACCCAUUUUUUCAACUUUGGGAACCAGUGUGGACAGAAGGAUCCAGAGUUGUUCUACUAUUCAGUAUGAUCAGGGGCUACUCUUCUACCUCAGUACCUGUCCUAGUCUAUUAAUGGACAGUGCAGUCCUUCCAGAAAUGCUACUUGAACUGUUGAGUUGCACCAACACUUUGUAAAUUGAAUGUCCACAGAUCUGUUGUAGCUCUAAUGAUGCAGUGCCUGAGGACGCAAACAAUCUUUUGGUGUCCUUAUUGCAAUCUGCAGUUCCUUCUUAAACAUCACAAGAGAGAGACCUAUGUCAGACCCCUAUUCAUAGACUACAGCUGAGUCAUUCAGGGCCGGAUAUCAAAUAAUGAUGAGAUGGAGUAUAGGAAGGAGAUCGAGAACCUCAUGUCCUGGUGUCGAGCCAACAACCUUUCUCUCAAUGUCAGCAAGACAAAAGAGAUAGUGAUCGACUUCAGGAAGUGAAGCGGUCCACAUGCCCCAUUCUGCAUUCAUGGUGCUGAAGUAGAGAAUGUUGAAAACUUCAGAUUCCUAGGAGUCAAUAUCACCAACAACUUCUCCUGGACCACCCAUAUUGAAGCAACGACCAAGAAAGCACACCGACACCUCUACUUCCUUGGAAAGCUUGGGAGGUUGGGCAUGUCCCCCACAACUCUCACCAACUUUUACAGAUGCACCAUAGAAAGCAUUUUAAUCAGGAUUCAUCGCAGCUUGGUUUGGGAACAUCUCCAUCCAAGACCGCAAGAAAUUGCAGCGAAUAGUGGACGCAGCCCAGACCAUCGCACAAACCAACCUCCCUUCCAUUGACUCCAUCUACACCUCGCGCUGCCUCGGCAAGGCCAGCAGCAUAAUCAAGGACGAGUCGCACCCUGGCCACUUCCUCUUCUCCCCUCUCCCAUCAGACAUCCUACCACAACCAGAGAGCAGUGCGGAACUAUUAUCUUCCUCUUUGGUGACCAUCGGACUUUCCUUCAUGGGACUUUGCUAGCUUGCACUAACCUUGCACUAAAGGUUAUUCCCUUAUACUGUAAAUGUACUGUAAUACACUGUAAAUAAACUGUAUGGCUCGAUUAUAA